AUGAUGACGUCAUACCCAAGUGCAAUCAAGAAGGUUCAAGUUCUCCUUCUUGAGCGAUUGGCAGGCAUAGCUCCAAAGAUGGCUCCUGACACCACAUCAACCGCUGACGCCCUCGCCACCCUUGCGGUGAGCACCCCCGACAUGAAGGAGGACGUGAAGCCCCUGUUCACACCAACCCGGCUGGGGGACUAUACAUUGGAGAACCGCAUGGCGAUGGCGCCCCUCACGCGUUGCCGCGGUCUCAACAUGGUGCCCUCCAAGGCGGCCAUCACUUACUACACCCAGAGGGCUUAUCCAGGCUCUCUCCUGAUCUCAGAGGGCACGCCCAUCUCACAAGCAGGCCAGGGGUACCCUCACGUGCCUGGCGUCUACACUGAUGAGCAGAUUGAGGCAUGGAAGCCGAUUGUGCGCGCCGUCAAGGAGAAGGGCACCAUCUUCUUCAUGCAGAUCUGGCACUGCGGCCGUGUCAGCCACUCAGAUUACCAGCCAGACGGCGGUGCUCCUCUUGCCCCCUCUGCUCUUCGCAUCACCAAGGGUGACGUGUACACCCCCAAGGGCGGCCCCUACCCUUUCCCCGAGCCGCGCGAGAUGACCAAGGCGGACAUCGCCGAGGUGAUCGAGCAGUUUGCGCAGGGGGCAGAGAACGCGGUGAAGAAGGCCGGCUUUGACGGUGUUGAAAUCCACGGUGCCAACACGUACCUGCUGGACGAGUUUCUGAAGGACGAGACCAACCACAGGACGGAUGAGUACGGGGGUCCGAUUGAGAACCGCUGCAGGUUUGUGCUCGAGCUGGUGAAGGCUGUAGUGGACAGGGUUGGCGCAGGCAAAACAGGCAUCCGGUUCUCGCCCUUCACCACCUACUACGAUUGCUCCGACAGCCACCCGUAUGGCCUCUUCUGCUACCUCCUUGAAGAGCUCAACAAGCUCAACCUCGCGUACGUUCAUUUUGUGGAGCCGCGCAUCCAGGGCAUCAGCGAGGCCAAGACGGCCGACUCGCUCGCGCCGUUCCGCGCGGUGUGGAAGGGCACCUUCCUGGCGGCCGGCGGGUUCGACCGGGAGAAGGCCAUCAAGGCGAUCGAGACCGAGCACGCGGACGUCAUUGUCUUCGGACGGCACUGGCUCGCAAAUCCAGAUCUGCCCCGUCGCUUCCAACUGGAUGCGCCGCUUAACAAGUACGAUCGCGACACUUUCUAUACGCACGAUCCUGUCAAAGGUUACACGGACUACCCGUUCCUGGAAGAUGUAGAAAAGAGCGAAAGUACCAAGGCGCAGGAUUGAAAGAGCCGGGCGAGAACGUAACUUAUCAACUCGCACCAUACAUUCUUUGAUCAGAGCAUCAACAGUCAUUUAUUGAUGGUAGUUAUCAGACGAUUAUUUGCGUAGCUAGGUACAUUGAAGGAGCUGCUCCGUUGGGAAUAUUUGAUCGGAUGCACGCAAUAUAUAAGGACAAUUACAUCCCUCUUGCAGAUUUGCACAUUUUGACGGUACAUUGUUACUCACGGCUGCUUGUGGAUUGUAAGUUCGACCAUACUACCAGAAAACCUCGUAUAUGAACUUUCAACUGAAUCACAGUCAAAGCUGAC